AUGCAGACUCAGACACGACACAGCUCCGGCGGCCACUCCCACGGCCAUGGCCACCACCACCACCAUCACGGUCACGACAACGUCUACCUGACCUCAAGCAACAAGAACGAUGCCGGCGUCCGCAUCACCCGCAUCGGCCUCUACUCCAACCUCGGCAUGGCCAUUGCAAAGGGCGCCGGCGGCUACGCCUUCGGCUCCCAGGCAAUGGUCGCUGACGCCUGGCACAGUCUGACGGAUCUGGCCUCUGACAUCCUGACGCUGGCCACCGUCUCCUGGAGUCUGAAGCCCCCUACCGCUGGCUUCCCCACUGGUUUCGGCAAGAUUGAGAGCUUGGGUUCUUUGGGAGUCUCCAGCAUGCUUCUGGGCGGCGGCCUGUUCAUGUGUUGGAGCAGCUUGCUGACUCUCCACGCCCACCUCUUCCUGGAUCCCGCGGCGGCCGCUGAGGCCAUCGCCCACGCUCACUCCCACGGCCACAGCCAUCACCACGACCACUCUGGCCCCAGCCUGCACGCGGCCUGGUUGGCUCUCGGCACCGUGGCGAUCAAGGAGUGGCUGUACCAAGCAACAAUGAAAGUCGCCGUCGAACGAAAGUCUUCUGUCCUCGCCUCCAACGCCGUUCACCACCGUGUCGACAGCUGGACUGGAAUUGUUACACUGCUUGCUAUUCUCGGCGCAAACUUUUUCAGGGAUGCUGCCUGGUUGGACCCUGUCGGUGGCCUCAUGAUUUCUCUCCUGGUCAUCAAGGCUGGCGCGGAGAACACCCUGUCCGCUCUGUACGAACUGGCCGACCGUAGCAUCGAUGACGAGGUCAAGGAAUCGGUCGAGAAGCACACACUUAGGACCCUGUCUGAUGUCACCGAGGGCCACGAGGUCGAAGUCAGGGACAUCUCUGGUGUCAAGUCCGGCCAGAACUACCUCGUCGACAUUGAAUUGGCUGUUCCGGGAGCCUGGACGGUCGAGCACGUCCGCGCCGUCGAGGAGACCGUCCGCACCCAAGUCGGCUCUAGCGUGCGUGGAGUUCGGAGGAUCAAGGUCCGCUACGUCCCGAAGGAGGCUGAGAUCGCGCCCAAGUUUGACGAGUUCAUCCCCGGCGAGGCCAACAUGGACAAGCCCGAGGAGGAGACCACCGACGCCAACGGCAACGGUCACCACAAGCACCACUAA